AUGGCGCGCUCCAACCCCAAGCGAACUGCAACACAAUUUCGAGACUGGGCGCAAAAUGAGAGCCAAGAGAAGGCGCAGGAUCCGGAGCAUGAGGACAGUGAGCAUGACGACGGCAAGCAGCAGCAGCGCAGCUUCACGCAGCAGGUGGUGCGCGCGAUCUACAUCAAGUGGCGCGCCCAGGCCAAGCGUGUCAGGGACUAUCGACGGCUAUUUGCGCUGAUCGCGUUCAUCGGGCUGCUGCUGGGCGUCCUGCAUGCGCAGCGCGGCGCCGCGACUGCAUUCCGUGUGCACUCUACGCUUUCAAGCGUGGUGGGCCUUGAUGGCAACGCCGCCACCAUGCAGUCUUCUGACGGCAUUUACGACUGGCUUGGCGGCGUGCUCACGGCUGUGUGGAAGGAUCCCGUGUGCGGUGACGGUCUGUGUGAGACGCCUUUUGAGUUUGCGUCAUAUGGACGCUUCGGCUGCCGCGCGGACUGCGGCAACCUGAUUGACCUCCAGUCUCUGAUGUCCCUGGACAUUGACCUGUACUACAACUUUGGGCACCAGACAGGCAGCCUGCCCGCCGCGGAGCUGCUGUCCCAGGCAAGCUGGAAUCUGUGCCCUGAAAAGAUCCAGUACUCCAGUGACUGUUACUACCAGGAUGAUCAGGGCUUUGACGCCAUAGCGGGGACACUGCACGUAACCCUGCCAGACAUACCAGACGGCUCCUGGACGCUGCGCGUGAAGCGUGAUCUGAUGAGCAAGGUCAGCGGCGCGGUGCGCAGCACAGCAGACGUCGCUAGGGCCGCAGUCUGGACAAAGGUGUAUGUUGCUGAAGCGGCUGUGGCAGCAGAGCAGGCCUUUGAGCAGAGCCUGCUGCAGAAGGCGCUGGAUGCCGCCCGCACCCCCUUCCUGAGCUACCUGCCCACCCUGUGGACAGUGACCCGCGCUACAGCGCGGGACGCGUUCGACGCGCAGCAGAUGCACGAUGCCACCUGCGUCUGCGGAGCCGGGGCGACUGCUGCCUUGCAGGGGACAGCUGGCUUUGUGGACGAGGCAACCUGGCAGGCCGGGACCAAUUGCACGGGCGUCACUCAGCUGUCGAACCGUGUGUGGUACGCUAACGGCUCUUACAGCAUUGUCACCCCCGCGUCAGUGGACGCCACCAUUUGUGCCAUAGCGCUCGCCAACCUCACGGCCCACAGGGCCACCCUCAACACCACCAUGCUCAGGCGCGUGGCGCUGCUGUUGCUGGGUGGACUGACUGCCUAUUCCUGCAUCGUUGAUGCGCUGCAGGUGGUCUGA